AUGUUUCAAUUUGCUAAUGGUUUGAUCAAGUUUGAUUUAAUCCAACUUCAACAGAGAGGACAUUUUCCUAUAUGUAUAACUGAAAAUCUUAAUCUCAGAGUUAAAGGUAAUGUGAAAAUUCAUAUGUAUUAUAAUAUUUUAUCACCUAUCAAUAAAUUAUUAGUAAGAUCACAAGGACAACAAGAAAUAUUUUGUGAUAUACCCACUGGAUUUUUAGACCUUUCCAAUUAUAUCUUAUGCACUAAUAAUUUCACAAUAGCCAAAAUGCUUAUGAAAAUGAAAAUGCAUCACAAUCUGAAUUUAAGAGGUUAUAAUCUUUGA